AUGCCACCCGAAGGAAGCACGAGGGCUGGGAUAUUGCCAGGUUGCCCAGUGCCUAGACAGGGGGAGUCGAGUGGCGGGGACUCUAUCUUUGCUCUCACCGCGCUGGUCCUAGGGUUGCACGUGUUCUGUGUGCGUGUGACCAACAAGUACCCUAACCAUGGCUGGGUCCCAAAUGUGCUGCUCACGUCUUCUGAAGAUAGAGUAUGCCGGCUGUGGGUAGAGGUGCUUAAGCUCAAUCCCAGUGUGUCGACUCCAGCGACUGGCCCCGCUGCAUCCACGUCCAAAUCACCAGCAGCAACACAACGGACGGACGUUAAUAAUGAGCUCCUUGCCACGAUCACCAUGCCGACCAGGUCCCGAGUAGCUGCUUCAAAUCAACCGGCUCACGGACACAUGACUGGCUGCAGUCCCGACUUGGAUUCGCAACCCGGGUCUUCGUUUUCCGUUCCCUCAGUUUUGCUUCAUCAUCCAGUACUACGUCGACUUCUGGAAUUAUGGUUAGCAGACCCUUUCGACGAUACCAAUAUCACGGUCCACUCCAAUCAACCGACCACACAAGUCGCGGACACCUUUCAACACUGCUCCAACAAUCAUUGCCUUCCCCAGUUUGCUUUUGCUGCCUCCCUGGAUUUGGACAGCUUUCAAGGGCUUUCAGCUGGAUCCGAUCUUGCUUCCACUACUCAUCAGUUUGUGCUCCAUUGGCUGAAUAACAAGGUUCAUCGUCUGAACGAGAAGAUGCGACAACUGUUAUUGGACUCGGUGGCUCGGAUAAUGAAUAUCCCUUCGUUGAGCACACAUUGCACAACUCCUAGCGUUCCCACGGAUAGUCCGAUGCCCACUCUGACCGAUCACUUGGCCGUAUUGGAUCAGUCCGUCGAGGCGAUGGUCAGCGAAUGGCAGCACGCACCGGAUGUGGUCCUGUCUAUUCUGCCAAAAGACGGCAGUCUAGUUGUAUGGUAUAUUCAUGGGCUUGAUACAUCCGUCCCUAAUCCAGCAGGACUUCGUGUACAGUAUGUACCGUUAUUGGAAAACGGUAGUCGGACCGGCACGAUUGAUUCGUUGUUUACCACGAUCCCGAGUUCAGGGUACACGCGUCUAACUCAAGUCACUUCCAGCCUUCGUUCACGCUUACAUGAAGCCUUUCCCGUGAUUGAAGCCGCUUCUCUCCAGCCAGGCUUGUUUCUUUUCCUCACCGCAACACCAAGCAGUCAUCACCAACACAUUCACACGGAUGGUUCCGACCAGGCCAUCCCAUCUAGUCGUGAUAUCUCCACACUCUUCUGUCGCCUAAUCAUCCUGCUUCAGUCCCAACAUUCCCAGGCCGAGAUGGAUCCUAUAGCGUGGAUUUGGAGACAAGCAGCUCUUUCAGGGCUGUCUGAAACUCAACUGCUGGGGACGGUGUUUGCUACGAAGUUCCACCAGUCCCAAUACGUCGCGAUGGUCACCAGACAUUUCAAUGGUUCGCUGCGCUACUGGCGUCUGGAUGUGUCCAAAUCCAGCCAAUUUCAGUGGAUUGUUGGAGUGAACGGGAGUGCACGUCUUAGCGGACAUCGUUUUCACACCGAGGCCAUUGUCUCUCAUCCUCUUCUACCGCUGGUCCUGUCCAACUCUCACUAUGAGCUUAAAGGAUCGUCGGUUUCUGCGGAAUCAGUUGGGGAGACACCUACCGAAAGUGUUAGCGAAUUGAUUCUAUGGCGUGUUGAUCCUGUCGGACCGCUGACCAGUUCGUCUGGCACUGUUGGUGGCCUAGGACAUCGACUCCAACAUUGUCACCACACAUCGGCUGCGCACAGGCUACGAUUCACCAUGGAGCCUUCAGAUAUCAGUCAAAGCGGGGGUUCAUUGUCUCGAGGUGGACUGUUUGAGGUCGCACGAGUCAGUGUUCCAAAACCUCCGCAACAGUUAAGGCCUUGGUUUCACGAAAUCGCUUGGUUUCCAUGUGUUCUUACAACGGCUUUGACUCAGUACCCUGUGGCCUUGUUUGUUGCCAAUACAGCUGUUUCACAGUCCAAACCAUGCGAUGACCAGCUCGGAUUUUUCCUUGCGUUUGCCGAUGCUGGUGACGAAUUACAACAGGCUUUGGGUCGUGGAACAACAAAAACAACAACAACAAAGUCAACCGAUGAUGACGAGAGGCUGUUAAGUCUAACUAAUGCAGACACAUCAGGUUGUAUUAUCCAGCUUCGUACAACUGUGACACUUUCGAUGCGAAGGGUUGAUCCGCCGAAAGCAGCGUCAUUCGCUCCGCAGACGCUUCUGCUGCACGUGUUCCCCAGCGAACUCGUUCCUCGGAUCGACUUACAAAGAACCGCUUCUUUGGGACCACUCACUGCCCAUUCGUCGCACACCACCUACUUGAUUGUCCGUCUGACUGGUUGGCGUCGUACGACGGAAGACCGCAGUGAAUUGGUUGAUUAUUGUCCACGGACCAGACUGGAAAUGUGGCGCGUUCGUGUGACUACAGAAGUCAGUCCUUCUCUGCCACUUCCGGAAUCUCUGGCUCCUCUCCGUUUGUCUGCUUUUGACGAUUUGCUGUGUAAUGUAGAGAAGGUGAACGAUUGUGAACUGCCACUUCCUUCGGGUGUCCUCAUCACGAGAGCAGAAGUUUCUGCCGCGCACGUCAGUUGGGCCACCCUGUCGACUUACAAUGCGCCUCCACCCUACCUCAUUGUAUCGGCUUGCUCUGAUGGCUGUCUACGUUUUUGGCGGUGUGUUGCGCAACAGACUGGUUCCUUGCCCGGUGUGGAAACGUUUACCUGGUCUGAAUGGCAAAUGCCACUGGCGCACGCUUUGUCCAGUUGCAUCGAACUCGACAGUCACCACCCUCCGAAGAUCCUGGAUGUGGACUGUGCCUACAGUGGACGCAUUGCGGUUGCUUACUCUCCCCAGACAUCCGAAGGCGCCGUCUCGGUGCCUAUACCACAGUCCGGACUGAGCAUUCCGAAAAUUCUAGUGGUCAUUUACGAAUGUGAAUCAAGUGGUGGAUGUGAAUGGAUCCUGGAGGACACGAUCGACCUGAGCUUGGACUUCCAUCAAGGACACUCUCACCGAAAUCAACAACUACCGGCAGUCGUUCAGCUGGACUGGGUAAGCACGGAGGACGGUGGUCAUCUUCUGUCGAUCAUGCUCGGCUCACAGGUUCUUGUCUACGCCCCAACCUGUCAGACAGUCAACCCUACACAAUCUCACCCACACACCCCAUCCACUCUGAUGACCACACUUGGGGAGGUCUACCUAACUUGGAAACGGGUGGCAUCCACUCGCGUCUACACAGCUCAUAUCGGUGAGCAUCAGAUCGUAAAAAGUGACCCACUACACCCUGUUCCAUCUGGACGGCACAAACGGGCCAUUUGGCUACGUGACGGGCUCUUGUUGAUUGCAGUUACAACCGAGAUCCUGGUUUAUAGCCAGUGGCCCAACGAAGCUGGACAUCAUGAGAUCUCAACUAUGGGGCAGACUGAAGAACCAACAGUCCAGAAGAAGUUGACUGGAAAAUCCAAUACAGAUCCAGUGGACUCAAAUUUCGCAAUCAAGCGUGUAAUGGUCGACACGGUGAAAGGAUCUUUGAUUGAUGAACAACGUUCCCACCCCGACGCAGCGCCCAUCUCUCAACCCGAUGAUGCCACGGUUGCCGGAACGGCCAGCAUGACCGUUGCUCAGCUGACCAAGACCUACUCGGCUUACCUACUCAAGCCUUCUCCGUCUGCAGCGUUGCUAGCCAACAUGGUCGGUUUGCACUCACCGGCAAGUAAACCACACACUUCAGCAGAGGGUGUGAGUCCAACGACCAAGCCAUCUAGUCCAAAGACUGUCGGUACUUCUUCCCAUCCAGAUGAGGUUGCAUCUAGUCGGCCGACCACUACGACACACGCUAAACCGUCUCCUGUUGAAACGGCCGAUCCGGCGCUCUUGGCCAAUCUUGGAUUGUUCGAAUCGAUUCAGGUAUUCAAUCCCAUAAUGCCGCAGUUUCAUCCGCGGCAGUUGCUCGAAUGGCUCAAUCUUGGUCGCCUACGUCGUGUUCAAGCCAUUCUUGCGCACCUUACACGCUGUCUGACUGCUUCCAGUCCGACACUUGCGUCAAUCUCCCGUCGUUCUGCACACAGAAGGACAUCCGUUGUGGGUGAGGUUCCUGGAUGGUCCGGUGAGGGAACUCAGCCCGCUUCUGCCACUGGGGAGUUCGGUCCCACUUCCGGCGCGACGUCUUCCACAGCUGGACCAGUUCCUUUGCUCGAUGCUCAGACCAUCCCCCCAGUGCCUCUGUAUGUUCUGUUAGCAAUCGAUUCUUUGCAAACGAACCAAUUUGUCGCGGAAAAUGAAGGUGGGAAACGCAGCACAGUCUUUGAUCCCUUGGAUGACAGCGAUGACGAUGCCGAUGAGGCGACUGAUCUCACCUCACCCUCGCCCACUUCGAAAUUCCGCGCUGAUCGAUUUCGCGCCGGGAGGCAGUCCAAGGAUGGACGGAUGUCCGCCUAUGGUGGCAUGAGUAUGUGGUCGCUAAAGCCAUCUUCGUUGGCUGCCAUGUGUCAGUUCCGACCAGAAGACGCACAGCUACUUGCGGAACAUUUGACCGUCCGCCAACUGCCCGGUUUAUCUCCACUGGAUCAGAUGUACCUGUUGGGUAUUGCGGAUCUGAUGGCCAACGUACAAACAGAUGUGACGGACCGUUUGGGUAACACGAAUCCGGACACCAAUCCCGUGCCCAUCAAAGAUGGUACUACCACGUCGGCCAGACCGAUUCAGCCUAACCAUGGUCUGGACGAAUGUGGCCUCCGCUUCCUGCUCACCGUCCAACUCUACUCGUAUUUGAGUCGCACUCUUCCACCGGCUAGACGAGCCCACUUACUGUCAUCUGGCCUGACAAACUCCAGCUUGGCUUGGGCGUUUCAUUCGGAUGCUACAGAGGAACUCCUGGCUCGUAUACCAACAAAGCAGUUCGCUCCGAAUUCCGAGGAACUGACCUGGGUCGAAUUCAAACGUUACGGCUGUGGAUGGUGGAUUCGGAGCGAUACGCUACUGCGUCGGUGUGUGGAAAAGAUCGCCCGAACUUCGUUUCAGCAAACCAAAGAUCCUAUGGAAUCCGUGGUGUUCUAUGCGGCAAUGUGUAAGGCCAACGUUGUUGCCGGACUGUUCAAGUCGAUUGGGAACAAAACACUGGAGAAUUUCUUCCGUUCUGAUUUCGGGCCAGGUCGUCCAGCUUGCCGCCAGGCCAAACUGAACGCGUUUCGCCUGCUCAGCCAACACCGGUACACACAUGCAGCAGGCCUAUUCUUGUUGGCCGGAUGUCUGGACGACGCCAUACGAGUUUGUUUAGAUACACUCAAGGAUUUGCAACUGGCUGUCGUGUUGGUUAGACUGUACACAUCAAGCUUCCGUGGUAUGGACCAGUUGCAGGAAGAAUCUCCCUUCCAUCGUCUUCUACGUCAGCACGUAAUCACGAGCGAUGAUCCCUUCCUACGAAGCAUGGCAUUCUGGUCGCUGGGUGAUCCUUUAGCAUCGUUGCGCACUCUGCUACAAGGCCCCGAACCAAACGGCAGUAUAACACCACCGGUCAGCCGCACCACAACGGAAGCGGAUGCUUUCUCGGUGAACCUCAGUCCACAACAUCCACAGCUGUUGGAGAAGACACUCAGUCUGGUCGGCUCCGAGGACGGACAACCACGCAGUAGCAACACAUUGCAUACGUCAGUCUAUCCAAGCGUCUUCAAAUUCUACACCUUCUUGCGUAAACACCCACUUGUGCUUCGUCAAUGGCGUGUGGGUACUUCUAGCACCAGUAUCAUUGAUUCUCCAGCGAUGCGUCAGAUGACUUGCUUGGAACGUCGUCUGUACUUCCGUACUGCGCACCACUAUUCCGCCCUUGGUUGUCCCACGCUAGCUUUAGAAGUGUUGAGCAAGAUACCCCCGCUACUUCCAAUCGUCGAAGUGGAACGCCGCGCAAGUUCAAUUAUCGCUACGCUCGAUCGCAGCCUAUCGGGAAACGUGGAACCGAUGGAGGCCUUGGCAACCGCUAGUCAGGCUACCCUGGUUCCCACGUCGAGUGGAAGAGACAUGAAUGUGUUUUCUCUGUGGGAUGAUGACAAUGAGCCGGUAUCGUCCACUCCCAACUUGCCAUCAACGGAUCCGUUCAAGAUAGAAUUGAGUGACAGUGACUCGGACCACAGUAACCCGAUUCCAGAAACCUCCGUACGACCGGUCGAAAGUGCCACAGGAUUGACUCAGGAUUCCGUUGCGGAAUCGUCUAUUUGUGAGGAAGCUGAAGGAAUGGUGGAUUUGAUCGCGAAUCAGCUGAAAUUCAUAGCAUGCUUGAAAAUAUUGUCGGAAGAGCUGAGCACUUUGGCCUCUGGGGCCGAGGCUGAGGGAGUCGGUCUUCGGAAACACGUAUGGCAUUGGUUGGAACACGAGUUGGCCGUGGUACAUGUUCUGACCGCAGCUGGCCAGCUUCCCCUCCAGACUGCAGAUACAUGGACAAAUAUCGACUUUUUCCACUCGGCAGCUCAACAGCUUUUGGAGAAACUGACAAAUUUCCACUUAACCGAACCGCCUGCCAAUAACCAGUCGGGACAGACUCAAGAAGAGUAUCAGGAAGGCUUCACAUGUCGUGGUCCCCUAACCACUCCAUCCUUCCUCAUCUCGGCGAGUCCAACUUCGGGUGACCAAUCCACCAUUCCGAAAGAAUCGGCGACCGGUCGUGCAUGUGUCAAUGACGCUGCAAUCAUUCUGGACGCUUGGAUGCUACCAAAAGAGGUCCGCCAGGCCGAAACAAACAGAAUUCGGACGCGACACCGCUGGUUAAAGUCUCAUGAGGCGUUCCUCACAUCUCUGAUCAAUUUUUGCGGGCUUUAUGGUGCCAGUGGUGUUGGUUUGCCCGCUGUACGAAUCGAGUUACUAUUCUUGUUAACCGAACUCCACACCUAUCCAGCUCGUCCAGUCUCUUCGGCUAACGACGCUGCUCCCAUCACCCCUACCGGUAAUGCUUCAGUGCCUGCAGUGACUAGAGGCUAUCAAACACAUUCUUGGUUACCUUCGACUACUGUGGGUCUGGUGGACGGUGUUCCUUUGCUCCGAACCGUGCUGCAUCUACCACCAGGUGCCUUAUUAUUACCGGACCCCGUGAAGCACAUCCAGUGCAUGGUCCAAGAUCUUAUGGCCUCCCUGGAGGGUCUUCCGCCCCCCUAUCUGACAACCGUUAUCCUACCGUGUCCCCAUCGGCCAAAUUCCGAACAACCGGACUCUUGUGAUCCUCCAUCACAGCACUAUUGCAUUCAGUGUGCUUGGGCCCCCACGCCACAUCGUCAACGACAUGUGUUUCUGUUGCGCAAUCUUUGUGCCGCCUUGGCUGUGGCGAUGCACCAAUCUCUGUCAACCGGUGGUUGGUUCGGACCUGGGCAGACUGCCGAGGGCUUGGGUUCGACCAGUGGAGUCGCGUUGCCCGCCUCCAGCUCCAUGAACAUUCGAUCAGUGGAGCGUCUUCAGGCCACAAAACAACCCUUACAACCCAAUACAGAACCAUCCAAAUGGCCCGGUCUCACCACACUUCGGAAGUACAUUCAACUACAAGUUCCGUUUCCUCCGCCACUAAAGCCCGUUAGUUCUGCUCUGACAGUUCGUAAACUUUCCGUUUCUGAGUCGAGCGCCUCCGCGACCACUCUCACUACUACGCUUCAGCCGGUCAACCAACGUCAUCUCAUCGGUCUGCUUGCUCAAGCACUAGCUGCGACGUAUCUGGGACUGAUUGUAUAUGCACUACACACUCGGGACGCUUGUGUUCUAUAUCGCUUAGCGGCCGCCCGAUUGGACAGUGCAACAUGGGCCAAAGUGUUUGGAGGUGCUUAUCGAGCGAAACCCUUCCGACCGCCUGCUCCUCCUGGAACCACGAAAAUUCGUCCGGCUCCACCACCACCACCACCACUUCAAGCAGGGGAGGUGCUUAUCGAGCGAAACCCUUCCGACCGCCUGCUCCUCCUGGAACCACGAAAAUUCGUCCGGCUCCACCACCACCACCACCACCAGCUUCAAGCAGGCCUCCUCGCCCGCAGCGUGGCGGUGCUCAUAGUCGACUUGCCGCUAUUCGGGCCACCAAACGUGGGACUUCUAUCUCGGAAUCUGGUACCAUCCACCCGCAACCGUCACAAAGUUUCGGGCACAGCGAAACCUCCCGUCACAUCGGUCGGUCAGGUAGUCCCGCCAUCUGCGCAACCGCCCCCACCUCCAGAUGAAUGGUUCGUCCCUCCACAAUAUUCCAUGCUGACUUGUCUCUUGAGUCGGCCAUUACCACAAGGAGCACUGCCAGACGAUCCCAGUCAGAUAUUCGAUUCGGAUGCAAGUGAACCCCCGGAGGGGUACGAGGGCUAUACGUCUGCCCUGGCUACACGACAGCGUAGGUUAAGGCGUGCUUAUGGGCGUUCAAGAUCGGCCAACAACCGGGCUGCUCAACGCAAAGCGAAAGAAGAGUUACGGCGACGCUUAGCCAAACGUACGGGAAUUGUUGAUUCGAGCGAUGAAGAGGAUCAAGCACGUGUUCCUCAACGUCUCGAGGAGUUGUAUCCGGAGCUUGCCACAAACGGCACCGCUACUACUUCCGAACAACCCCGUUGGAUCCUGCGACUGUUGUGCUUGGACCCAGAUAUAAUCGAUUCCUCAUUUUGUCUUGGGACUGCGUGGGAAUCGGCGGACCAUAAAGGAGCGUUCCGGAGUGAGUCAUCCGAGGAUGAAGAUGAGAAUGACGAUGGCGUGCAGAAAAUGACAUCGUUGGAAGCUGAAAAACAAUGGGCUAAUGGGGACAGUUAUGCUUGGCGUUUAAUGCGUUUAAGCAUUAUGCAGCUGGCCAAAUUAGAGAUCGAUCGACUCAUUCAGCUACUGGAUUUCAGUUCAGACGAUCUGGCUGUCCAUGCACCGGGUCUGGUAGCUGCUUCCCGGUCGGUUGAUAUGUGGAUGGCUGGUUAUCGUGUGGGACUGACUGCUCCGCCAACUCUAACUCCACUCAGCUUGACACACCUGUCCCACGCGCCGGAACAUCAUUUGCUUCCACCACCCCAAUUUCUACCGGAUAUCGAGUCACAUCUGGAAGGUGUUCCUGGGCCCGGCAAGUCGGUUGCCGGUGCACUUGGGGACAAACCCGAAUUGGCCGAAGUUUCUUCCCAAUUCCCGUCAGCCGGGGCCACUCGCUCAAUGUUACGAUUGCGACACCUGACAGAUCCCACGAAAACACCGUUCCAGACCCGGGAUCCAUUUUCCCUUCCGACUAAACGUCUCUGGUGUUAUUUGGUGCGUCAGCCAACUGUGGACGAUACCAUAGUUCGACAUGUUUUCCGUCAACCUCGUGUUAUUCAGUCUAUUGUCGUUCCCACAUCGGUAUCACCUCCAAGUCCCGUUGCAAAGCCGACGUUCACGCUGGAAUCUUCUUCAGCCAGCAGCAGCGUUGCUGAAAAAGUCCCGACCUCUGACGAAUCUCUCAGGCCCGUUCCGCAUGCAGGACCCGGUAGAACUACGAGACAAGUUCAGUCUACACUUCCAACGUGUGGAGUGCCCGGAUCGCUGCUGUUUGACGAUGCGAUUAGAUUGAUUCACAAAGAACAUGAUCCACUCAUCGCCAUGUGUCUGAACCAGGUGAAUCAUGGUUACAUCGCCGUCGCCACUCCCAAGGAAGUGAUCGAACUGAAUGUGGAAAAUCUGGUCACACUGCCUGCCUGGUACGCAGACGAGGUGGAAUACGACUUGGAACUAAUGCGAAGGCCCAAACCACAUGUCUACACGGAAGGUGGUGGUGGCACUGACGAUUUCGUGAUCUUGGAUUCGCCAUACACCGGUAACGCAUCGACAGGGGAGGUUCCAGCUGGCCCCAUGACAACCGCACAUUCGAGUAAGAUUGGUGGUAGUGGUUCCGCUACUGCCGAUCACGGCCAUCCGCAUGUGUUUUCCACACAGUUCCGUGGGCUACAGUUACAUUCGACCUCCGUCCAAUUGUCUAAGCCUGCACUGGAAAGAAGUCGACGCCUGGCUACUACGAUUCUCAAAAGAAGUCUACCGGCCGUGUACAGUUUGGCGUCUCAUCCCAUCUUGCCAUACUACCUCAGUGGAACGGGUACAGGUUCAGUCCACUUAUUCGAAUGGGCCACCACAAUUCCGCUGAUCGCUGGUUUCACAAACACCUAUGCCUUGACACCAGCUGGUGCUUCGGGACAAGUCCCUGCCGGGUCACGUGGUGCGCGAGUAACGGCACUUCAUUUUGACCAUAGCGGUCGUAGGUUCGGUUGUGGUGACGCUGAUGGUAACUUUGGCCUCUGGAAUUUGCAGACUACCACUCCUGACAAACCACCGUACUUCCGCUGUCGCUGUCACGCGAAAGGAUUGGCCGAUUUCUGUUUUGUCGGAUCAAGUAGUCUCAUUGCCACUGUGGGUGCGGGUACGGGACCUGCAGGGCCUUCACUUCCAGGUGGUCUCCAUGUGACCGGACACGUCAGUUCCGGUGAGCAGCCAGGCCCCGGUGGACUUUCCCCGGUUUUCAGCGCAGAUCAAGAUGGAGCGAAUCUCGCACUUUGGGAUGCUUUGUUGCCUCCGCAUCGAAGCUGCGUCAUUCGCGUCACAGACCCUGAAUUAGAGAGUCCUUGCACGGCCAUUUCACACUUCACCCCCUCUCUGCGCUCUUCUGGAUGGCCCCAGUUUCUGUCCACGUCAUCUACCCUAGAUGGUCUACUAUCCCGAAACGGCGCAACACCAUUCGCUUUGGGGAGUGUAACACGUGAUCGCCUGGUAGCAGUUGGGACAAAACGUGGAGAAGUCUGUUUUGUUGACCUACGGCAGCCGAAGGUCAUGCGCAGUUUCGCUGCUCACGACUCUGCGAUACGGACGUUGUGUAUCGACCCCACCAAUGAUUGUCUGAUUACUGGAGGGGCAGACGGACAGGUUAAGAUAUGGCGGCUUUCCGAACACGAGCUGAUUAACAGUUUCUACGGGGACUUUUAUCAGGGCCGUGGUGCGGCAGCGCUGGCUGCCGCUCUCUCUUCCAUAUGGCGGCUUUCCGAACACGAGCUGAUUAACAGUUUCUACGGGGACUUUUAUCAGGGCCGUGGUGCGGCAGCGCUUGCUGCCGCUGCUCUCUUCCGUGGCAACCAGACGGCAGCCAUUAUUGCUGCCACCUAUCCGGGCAUCUCCGAAAUCAAACUCCUCCCUCUAGUGCCCGGAGCUUCCCUGUUACAGCAAGGCAAGAGUGUUGGUGCGGAUGGUUCGGACAUAGUCCAGCCUUACUACCAAAAUCAGGACUCGAUUGCAGCCGCUUCUGCCGCCUGUCGAUUUAUCAGUUGUGGUGCUGACGGGGGAUUGCGGAUGCGCAGUUUUAUCGUUCGACCGAAGCCAUUCUGUGUUUGUUGACACGUGCAGAAAAGCACAAAUUACCUAUCAUCAUGAGAUAUUUCACUAUCAAUCAAGCACAUUCCUAGGCUGCUAUCGCCAGUUAUCUUAGCUUCUAUUUAUCUGUGGUUUACUCAACUGUUUCCUGCCUCACAGAGGCGACCCAUAUGCGUGUUGUGAUAAAUCGUCAUUAGUACUUGCAAUAAAUGUGCAGAAUACCUUGC